GCCAGCCAGCCAACGAAACCCUACUGAGGUUAUUCAAGAACAGCCAUCCCAUCACCAGCCGCUAUAGAGAAACCAACGGCAAACUGUUUAGACAUUGGAGUGAGAACCAAAAUCAUCAAAAGAGCUGGCUAGUUGCUGCAGAAACAUUCUCAAAUCCAAACCAGCAUCAUGUACCAAUGCUUUACAAGUUCUUUGCCGCCAAAUUCGCUUCAAGAAACGGGAUAUAUCAUCCAUCCGGUGCUCACUGCCAGCCAGAGACUAUGGUACUACUUCCUUCACGAACCACCCAAACCCUGAAAUCUGCUGCUUUUAUGAUAAGGGUUUUUCGCAAAUAAGCACAGAAACCACUGGCAAAGCCUUACAUGCACUUUGUAUCAAGGGUUUAAUUCAUUUGAGUGUGUUUUUCACGAAUACAUUGAUUAACAUGUACUCGAAAUUUCGGGACGUGGGUCGUGCGCAUUACUUGUUUGAUAAAAUGUUUGAGAGAAAUGAAGUUUCUUGGAACACUAUGAUGUCAGGAUUUGUUCGGGUUGGUCUUUAUCGACAGGCCAUGGUGUUCUUUCGUGAAAUGUUGGAUUCUAGCGUUAGGCCAACUGGGUUUCUGAUUGCUAGCUUGAUAACUGCAUGUGACAGGUCAGCGUGUAUGGUUAAUGAAGGGAUUCAAGUGCAUGGUUUUGUUGUUAAAGUUGGUCAUUUAGGCGAUGUGUUUGUGGGUACUUCUCUCCUGCAUUUUUAUGGGGCAUAUGGUGCUAUUUUAGAUGCCCAAAAGCUCUUUGAAGAAAUGCCUGAGAAGAAUGUAGUUUCCUGGACUUCACUGAUGGUUAGUUAUUCAGAUAAUGGAGAUCCUAAGGCAGUUAUAGACUUAUAUCAGCAUAUGAGAAAUGACAAGAUUAGCUGCAACCAGAAUACAUUUGCUAUCAUGAUUGCUGCUUGUGGAUCUCUUGAGGAUGAAUUGUUGGGUUGUCAGGUUCUUGGGCAUGUUGUGAAGUCUGGUCUUGAGAAUGAUGUUUCAGUGGCUAACUCUCUCAUUUCUAUGUUUGGUAGUUUAGGGAAUCUUGAAGAUGCUUGCUAUAUCUUUGAUCACAUGGAUGAGCGUGAUACAAUCUCAUGGAACUCAAUAAUUUCUGCAAAUGUGCAUAAUGCUUUUUGUAGAGAGUCACUGCAACAUUUUGACAGAAUGCGUCAUUGUCAUAACCAAUUAAAUGCUACUACACUUUCAAGUUUAUUAACAGCCUGCAGUUCAGUGGAUAACUUGAAGUGGGGACGAGGAAUUCAUAGUAUAACAGUUAGGCUAGGACUGGAUUCAAAUGUUUGUGUAAACAACAGCCUUCUAGGUAUGUAUUCUGAGGCAGGGAGCAUUGAAGAUGCAGAGUUUGUUUUCCAAGAAAUGCCAGAGAGGGAUUCAAUCUCAUGGAAUUCCAUGAUAGCCAGCUAUGUUCAGCAUGGAAGAAGCCUUGCUGCCUUGGAAAUAUUUACUGAAAUGCUUAAAAUGGGAAAGAUGGUAAAUUAUGUCACUUUUACCAGUGCAUUGGCUGCCUGUUCGAAUCCUGAAUUUCUGAGAGAAAGGAAAAUUGUUCAUGCCCUUGUAAUUCUUAUGGGCCUUCAUGAGAAUUUGAUUGUUGGAAAUGCAUUAGUUUCCAUGUAUGCAAAGUCCGGUGUGAUGGUUGAAGCAAAUCGAGUGUUCAAAAUAUUGCCCAGGCGAGAUGAAGUGACCUGGAAUGCACUCAUUGGUGGUUAUGCAGAAAGUGAAGAACUGAAUGAUGUGGUAAAUGCUUUCCAAUUGAUGAGAGAAGAAAGUAUACCUGCAAACUACAUCACACUUGCAAACGUUCUUGGUGCUUGCUGGACCCCUGAUAAUUUGCUAACACAUGGGAUGCCUAUCCAUGCACGUAUAAUUUCUACAGGAUUUGAAUCAAAUGAUUAUGUGCGUAACUCCCUUAUCAUGAUGUAUGCAAAAUGCGGUGAUCUCCAAGCAUGCAACUACAUCUUUGAGGGAUUAGUUGGUAAGAACUCUGCCUCAUGGAAUGCAAUCAUCUCUGCAAAUGCACAUCAUGACCAUGGGGAAGAGGUUUUAAAACUUACCGUGAAGAUGAGAAGGACUGGAAUAGAUUUGGACCAGUUCAGCUUCUCUCAAGGUCUUGCUGCUGCUGCUAAGUUAGCUGUAUUGGAGGAAGGAAAACAGCUCCAUGGUUUGGCUGUUAAACUUGGUUUUGAGUCAGAUCCAUUUGUUACAAAUGCUGCUAUGGAUAUGUAUGGAAAAUGUGGGGAAAUGGAUGAUGUUUUAAGGAUACUUCCUCAACGAUUCUACAGGUCACGAUUAUCAUGGAACAUACUAAUAUCAGCUUUUGCUAGACAUGGGCUUUUUCACAAGGCUGGAGAAACUUUCCAUCAAAUGCUGAAAACAGGAGUGAAGCCUGAUCGUGUUACCUUUGUCUCUCUACUCUCUGCUUGCAGUCAUGGUGGGCUGGUGGAUGAGGGUCUUGCAUAUUAUGCUUCUAUGACUAAAGAGUUUGGUAUUCCAGCAGGAGUAGAGCAUUGUGUUUGCAUUAUUGAUCUUCUUGGACGUUCAGGAAGGCUUGCUGAGGCUGAAACUUUCAUUAAUGAGAUGCCAGUACCCCCAAAUCAUCUUGUCUGGCGGAGCUUGUUGUCUGCAUGUAAAAUUCAUGGCAAUUUGGAGCUUGGGCAGAUGGCUGCACAGCAUCUUCUUGAGUUAGAUCCUUCAGAUGACUCGGCUUAUGUUUUAUAUUCAAAUGUCUGUGCAACUACUGGCAGAUGGAAGGAUGUUGAGGAUAUUAGGAGACAAAUGGGAUCACAAAACAUAAAGAAGCAACCUGCUUGCAGCUGGGUGAAGUUGAAGAAUGAGGUGAGUUCAUUUGGAAUGGGAGAGAAGACGCAUCCUCAGAGUCUGGAAAUUUAUGCAAAGUUGGGUGAGCUUAAGAAGAUGAUUAAAGAAGCUGGUUAUAUCCCUGACACAAGCUAUGCGUUGCAUGAUACAGACGAAGAACAGAAGGAGCAUGAUCUUUGGAAUCAUAGUGAGAGACUUGCACUUGCAUUUGCAUUGAUCAAUUCUCCAGAAGGUUCGAUUGUACGAAUUUUCAAGAACCUUCGUGUCUGUGGUGACUGUCAUUCUUUUUACAAGUUCGUUAGUGGAAUUAUCAAAAGAAGAAUUAUAUUGAGGGAUCCUUACAGGUUCCACCAUUUUAGUAGUGGCAAGUGUUCUUGUGCUGACUAUUGGUGAUAAGUAGGUAUAUUGGGAGUCUUCUUUUCCAUGGAAAAUUGAUUUUUUUACUUUUUCUUGUCUCAAAAUAAUUGUUAAUUUUUUAA